AUGGCUAUCCCAAGUGUUGUUGAGUCAACCAGUGCGGGUGUUACUACUAACAUGGUGGAGAACCCGCUGGCUGAGCUCCUUGAAGUCCUCGGUAUUGCUGAACCCUCACUACUACUAUGGUUAUCUGCCGCUGAGUUAGAGACUGCCAUGGAAGGCCAACCUCUUAGUAAGAAGGUCUAUCUACGACGUACCUUCUUCACCUAUAUAGACGCCGAAGGCCCUAACUCUCAAGCUGCAAGCCUCUCUCGAAGGCCAGCAAACACAGUACAUCCACAGCAGGUUACAUCUUCUGCUGCCACUGUGCAGGUCUACCCUCAAGGAGUGCCCCAGGCCCCUCUCAUGCAAGGUCAACAACACCCUU